UUCCAUGUGUCAGCUGAUGCGACUCUAUUUAACUCCGCCCUCUCGGUUCGAGCAGGGACAGCGAAUCAAACAUAUCGGGAGGGGGGGGAGUCGCAACAGCAGCAGGAGGAGGAGGAGGAGAUCCUCAACUUGGCUCUCCGGAGUCGGUCCCCCCCUCCUGACGCGGUGCAGUCUUGAGCUGUCCACCGGAUCGGUAUGCACUAUCCGCGGAGGAGGAAGUGAGCCGAGCCGACCGUGAAAGAUGCAGACGGAGGACAUGGAGGUACCUAUCAUUAAUAACCUUAACGAUAACGGCGACAGACAGAGGCCGAAAGGGAAAGAUGUGUUCAAGGAUCAGCAGAAGGAGUCAGAGAGCUCCAUGGAGUCUCCAAACCUGGAGUUUGAGUACGGAGACACGGACACACUGACUGCAGAGCUCUCUGAGCUCUACAGUUACACAGAAGAGCCAGAGUUUGCCCUCAACAGAGACUACUUCGAGGAGGACUUCAGAAGCCAUGCUCGAGGCAGGCGGUGGAUCGAGCUGACGGUGGAGGAGCAGAGGGCGUAUGUAAUGAGGCUGCUGGACGCGCUGGAGGUGACGGACAGGGACAAGAGGCUGAAGGUGGCCAGGGCCAUCCUCUACCUGGCUCAGGGAGUGUUUGAUGAGUGUGACACAGAGGUGGAUGUCCUCCACUGGUCCAGGCACAACAUUUUCCUGCUGUACGACAUGGGCAUCUUCACAGCACUGCUGGAGCUGCUUAGCAUGGAGAUAGACAACAGCCAGGCGUGCAGCAGUGCGGUGAGGAAGCCUGCCAUCUCUCUUGCAGACAGCACAGAGCUCAGAGUCUUACUGAGCAUCAUGUACUUGAUGGUGGAAACCAUUAGAGUGCAAACAGAAGACGACCGACCUGAGUGGAUAGCAGCCAGAGAGACCUUCAAGAAUGAGCUCGCUUCUCCUCUUUACAACGGAGAGCCCUUUGCUCUACUGCUUUUCACCAUGGUGACCAAGUUCUGCAGCAUGAACGCGCCACACUUCCCCAUGAAGAAAGUACUACUGCUGCUGUGGAAAACAAUACUGUUUACUUUGGGAGGUUUUGAGGAGCUCCAGGAGAUGAAGGUGCGACACCGGGAGCGUCUCAACCUGCCCCCACUGCCAGAGGACAGCAUCAAGGUGGUCAGGGCCAUGAGAGCGGCCUCGCCCCCGGCCUCCGCCAUGGAGCUCAUCGAACAGCAACAGCAGCAGAAGAGAGGCCGCCGCAGCCGCAGGAGUGCCUUUGUUGAUAGCUUGGAAGGAGACAGUCCUUUUCCCAAGAAGCAGCCCCUGGUCAAGCAGGACAGCUUGGACACGUACAACGAGCGAGACCCCUUUAAGAACGACGACGCCCGGGACGAAGAGGAGGACCCUGAGGACACGGACAGUGGUAUUGAGGGUGAGGUAGACCCUCUGGACCGCGACGUCAUCAUCCAACCGCCACCACCGCCACCUCCUCUAAGACCACCGACAGAGAGGGUCAACUUCCCCAAAGGUCUUCCUUGGGCCCCUAAAGUCAGGGAGAAAGACAUCGAGCACUUCCUCGAGACGAGUAGGAACAAGUUCAUCGGUUUUACUCUGGGGAAUGACACAGAAACCCUGGUGGGCUUACCCAGACCCAUCCAUGAGAGUGUCAAGACUCUUAAACAGCAUAAGUACAUGUCCAUUGCUGAAGUGCAGAUCAAAAGGGAAGAGGAGCUGCAGCAGUGUCCACUGACUCUGGGUGAAGAGGAAGUGGAGGACACAGCAGCAGAGAUGCUGUACCUGGGAAUGCUUCCCAACCUGUCACAGUAUGUGAUUGCCCUCCUGAAGCUACUGCUCGCUGCAGCUCCGACCUCCAAAGCCAAAACGGACUCCAUCAACAUCCUGGCUGAUGUGCUGCCUGAGGAGAUGCCUAUCACCGUCCUGCAGAGCAUGAAGCUGGGAAUCGAUGUUAACCGGCACAAGGAAAUCAUCGUCAAGGCCAUCUCUGCUCUGCUGCUCCUGCUCCUCAAGCACUUCAAACUCAACCAUAUCUAUCAGUUUGAGAUUGUCUCCCAGCACUUGGUGUUUGCCAACUGUAUCCCACUCAUCCUCAAGUUCUUUAACCAGAACAUCAUGUCUUACAUCAGUGCCAAAAACAGUAUAUGUGUGCUGGACUUUCCCCAUUGUGUGGUCCAUGAGAUGCCUGAGCUUACAGCUGAGAGCCUGGAAGCCGGAGACAGCAGUCAGUUCUGCUGGAGGAAUCUGUUUUCCUGCAUUAAUCUGCUGAGAAUCCUGAACAAGCUGACCAAGUGGAAACACUCGAGGACCAUGAUGCUGGUUGUUUUCAAGUCUGCCCCCAUCUUGAAGAGGGCUUUGAAGGUGAAGCAGGCCAUGAUGCAGCUCUAUGUUCUCAAACUGCUCAAGAUUCAGACCAAGUACCUGGGCCGCCAGUGGAGGAAGAGCAACAUGAAGACCAUGUCGGCUAUCUACCAGAAGGUCCGGCACAGGCUCAAUGAUGACUGGGCCUAUGGAAACGAUAUCGACGCACGGCCGUGGGACUUCCAGGCAGAGGAGUGUGCCCUGCGGGAGAGCAUCGAGAAGUUCAACAGCCGCCGCUACGAAAGGAACAGGAACGGAGAUUUCGCGCCCGUGGACAACUGCCUGCAGAGCGUGCUGGGCCAGCGCGUAGAGCUGCCGGAGGACUUCCACUACAGCUACGAGAUGUGGCUGGAGAGAGAGGUCUUCUCGCAGCCAAUCCAGUGGGAGGGCCUACUACAGAAUCCAUAACGUACGGGGAGGGAGGGAAGAGAGGGGGCAUGAGGGCGUGGGGUGGAUGUAACUGUGCGAAGGUCACACAUUGAGCCUCUUGGGAGUGGUUUAAGGAGGUUGUACCAAGCAGCGCCAGCGGGAAGAAGGAGCUGGCAGCUGCAUGCAGCAAUGGAAGAAACGACAAGAGGAUCAAAGAUGAGUUGUAAAAUGGAUCCAAUUAAAGAGUGCCACACACUGACAUGUGCCUAUAACUACUAUGAACACACAUGACCGGCAAGAACAGAGGUAGCAGUUAUAAGAAACACCUGGUAUCGCUGUAGCAGGAAACUGUUUUUUUUUGGCCAGUUAUACUGCCCCGCCCCCAUGUUAGACAACAAAAACAUCGAUUUCUACACCAUGUCCCUUUUUUUAACACGUCGGUGCUCUUCUGAUUCCUCAGUGAUGUUUUCCUCUUUAUUUGUAUCAACGUGUGUUCUAAACAUUACGUGAUAAAUGAUUGUUUGAAAGAACCUUUUUUUAAAUUUAACACAGAGCCUACUGUAGGUAUAGAGAUUGUGGCUUGUCGGUGAUGGGUUUAAACAUUUCUAUUAUAUAUUUUGUAUAAAAGAGAAAUGGAGCCACAGGGUUAUGAUAGUCCAAAUGUAGAAAUGGGAGCUCUUUGCUCCGAAGGCACCAAAAAAACUAAAGAGAAGUAUACCAGCGUAUUAGUGUAUGGGUUUGUUCUGUGGAUGUGUAAAAGUCUUUGUGUGGAGAAGGAAAUCUGAAAAAAUGGGAGAUGUGAGUUUAAAAAACAAAAUGUUUUGUCCUAAAAAAAUAUAUAUCUGUAUUUUUAAGUAGAAAAUUAACCUUAUAUACAGAAAUCCUGCUAUUCCAAAUAUCUUAGCUUCAUUUUUAGCAACGUCAAACCUAUAAUUACUGAUGUCCUCCAGGGUUUGUUUCGAUACAUGUCGUGAGAGAUGAAGAGGUCACAGAAGCUAAUUGGAUGUACUUUUUAUCAAAACGCUUCAGUUUUUCAUAUCACUUUGAAUGAAGCUGUAACGCUACAGUCACACUGGGGAAAACAUUGGUUGGAGGUCGCAGUGUGACCACAAUUAUUGCAACCGUGUGCAAUGAACUUGCUUUUGAAAUGGUUCCUUCAAAAGGUGCAGACCAAGCCUGCAACCACUCACAGUCAGUCGCUGUCUUCAAAGCCACUGUGGUGUGCCAAGAACAAAGAUAUUGACGAACCAGCAACAAGAUGGAGUCAGUCUUCUAUCAGUCUGUCACUGAAUAUGGUCAAGUUGGAAAUUAAAUGCAAUGCGUUUGUGAUAAUAAAGCAAUCAGCUAAGAUAAAUCAGUGAAAACUGCAAAUCUGUUGCUAUCUACAGACACAGGACAUCACUGCUUAGAUUAAGAGUCCAGCCAGAACCUCAAAGAUCUGAAAUACAAAUUCAGAAAUGGUGACGUAAUUGCUGCAGGACAGCAAUUUUUACUGAAAAUUACACAGGAAUUUAACAAAAUGCAGUCAAUUGAAAGCCAGUUGUUUUGAGUUCUCUGUUGAAAACAAAACAAACUGGCUCAGAUUGCAACAUGUUGGUAAUUUGUCUGCAUUUCUAAACGGACAAUAAUUUGCAAACCUUUUUCUGUUUGUCUGGCAGUCAGUCUUGAAUUGGACAACGACUGUUUAAAAACAGGUUUUCUCCCGGCAGGCGACCUCGGCAGUUACAAUUGGGACUGGUUGCACAGACGUAGGGGCGUUGCACUCUCGAUCUCCCCAGUGGGUCACCACAAAUGCUUGCAAUUGGUUGGCGAAUGUGAAAAAUUCAGUGCAGCUCCUGGGCAAUUAUUCAUUUCUCCCAGUCACAAUGAGGUUAUAGUUGUAGUUUCACUCAAGUGUGACUGAGCCAUAAUAUGACCUGUGUAUCACUUGUUUGAAUUUGUUAUUGACUGUGGAAUGGGGAAGGUUUUUUUUACCUAUAUGGAAGACCAAAACUGCCAAGAUUAGAACUAAAUUAAAAAAAAUGAGUGACUCAGUUAAUUAAUAUUCUUUAAAAUAUACCAAAAAUAUAGGCAUAGCAUUUAUUUACUCGUGCAUUUAUUCUCAUAUUUGCCAAUUUAUCCAUUUAUUUCUUGUUGUUCAUUUGUUUAUUUAUCCAUUUAUUAUGUUUCAACUACAACCUUUUCAUUUCUCAAUAAAUAUCUUCUUAUGUUAUGCAAAUUGAGCAGCUGUAAUUUCAAGUUCAUCAUAAGAUCAUCGUCGUGUCUUUUGGUUAGUUAAUGCCAGGCUCAACUUGAACAGUCAGAAAGCUGCUUGAAAUCGUAGACACUAAGGCGGAAAUAACACUGAAAUACAUUCACAAUUUAAAACAAAUAUUUUUAGUAAAUUCCAUCCAUUCUCUUCUGCUUUUCCCUGUCAGGGUCACGGGGGGCUGGAGCCUGCUAUUUUUAGUACAUGUUUAACAAAUUGAUUAAGGAUUUAAAUUUAAUUGGAAAUAAAUAAAUAUGUGCAGUAUUUGAAAAACAAGUCCAAAAUUGUCUUUAAAAAAAAAAAUCUUUGUUUCCUAAAUGUCAAAGCUUUGACGUUAAAGUCUAUUUUUCUUUGUUUAUUUUCUAUGACUUUACAGCUUCGGGAUGUCUUUGGAUUAUUGUGGUAACAAUGCAAACAGAGAAAUACUCAAACAAAUAUUAAUACAUAAACAAACACAAAAUAGUUUCUCUCAAUGCACCAGAAACCUAUUCAAUAAAAAACAUUUUGAGACAUAGUUCUGACAGAUAUUUGCAAACAUUAUUAUUCAAUAUUAUGGACAUAUUGGAAAGUCCACAAGUCUGUCUUGAUCGUGUCUUUUCUUGGCUGUUGUGAAUAGAGAAAUUUACACACACAGAAGAAAUUCAAAUAAAAUAAUGUAAUUGUCCCUUUUUAUAACUAAGUUAAGGCAAUUUAAAAGGUUUUUCAUCUAAAUAAUGGAGCAUUUUUUUUUAUUGAUUGUUUAGUUUGGCACUCUUUGUCCUCCACAGACUUAAAGGUCGAUAGUGUGUCUGUUUUGUCUUGGCACGCCACAAAGAAGCAAGACAUUAAAAACCAAACAAAAAAUGUUUUAUGAAGUGUUUCCAAAAGUUGUAAUUUGUUUAUUUUAAAGCAAAAAGACCUCUAGAGUGAAAACGAAUUUGUUGUCUUGGCUGGACUGUGUCUGCUUGCUUCCCUGAGCUUUUCUAUCGAACCAUCUGGAGUUAUUCGAACCCAUGAUCGGAACAGUGGCCAUUCCGUUAACUGACGCCCCACUUCCACUCAACAACAGCACAACAUGUGAACCACACUGGUGGUGGCGGUUGUCACAAUAAUGGUGCUGCUUUUCCAGUUUAGUGCAACUUCCUGUAGAUGCGACUGCCUAAACGAUGCUUCAGAGGUGAGCACCUUGAUUCCUGGAUAUGUCUUUACUUAAGCACACAAACAAGCACAAAGGACAAAAAGCAUGUACUUUUGUUUUUGUACAAUUGUUGAUUGUUUCAGAUUGUUAUCUACUUGCUUUGAGGGGUUACAAACUGUUACGUAUUAUCUCUGUAUAGAAAUAAUUUUGAUACUCAGUCUUGUUGAAAUGUGCAUGACCAUGGUUCUGUUCUGUGUUCACGUGUUAAUGUCUUUCCAGUCCAGUAAGAAAAGUUUUUUUUGUUUCUUGUACAGUCACUCGUACAGUGUUGUGCACCACACAGGAUUCUGUUUUUGUUUUCUUCUUCAGGAAGGCGAUAUCUUUAACAAUAAUAUUGUAUACUUUAUAGAUUCUCAGGUUUAUGGAGAUGAUAUAUAUAUAUAUAUGACAACAGUUUUAAAAGCUUCCUUGCCAUUCUCUGGCUCACUACCUGUAAAGAGGAAUAUACAUUCUGAUACACCUGAACCUCUAAACAUUUACUGCAUAAGCUGUGCAUCGUCACAAAAACACAGUAGCUCAUUGUGAGUGUUGGUCGCACUUAAAGUUCAGAUGUAAUGUUUAUUUCUUUUUGUAUCUUGUGCCAAAUUUGAGUGCCAUUUCCUGUUUUUAUUCUCUUGUUUCUGCUAUCUGCAUUCAAGUCCAUACUGAAGACUUGGAAUGCAAAAAAAAAUGUUGUUUUUUUUCUACCUGAAAACUGUACAAUCAGUGAAAAUUGCCGUUUAUUGUAUCUAGGGUAAUAUUUCACCAGAAGUGUUUAGUAUUGUAUGGACGUUAUUACCGUAUAUAUGUGUUUUUUGUUACUCACACUUCCAUAUCUGCAUAUUCUAGAUCCAGUAAAUACUCGACACUGAAGAUGUUCAGGGGUAUGUGCAAUUACACAUCCAUAGAGGCAUUAUACGAUAGAGUGACAGAUUACGAUAUCAGAGUUGCAGAGUUGCUUAUUAAACAGUGUUGAACACUUG